CAAGCAGUAUUUUGAAGACACUGUCAUAAUAAUAGACGCUUUCUAAAAGACUGCAUUGAGAUCCGGGAGAUAUAUUUGAGCUCUGUUUAACAAUUGCAGUGUGAUGUGUUGGAAUGUGUGAAGCAACAGAGAAAAGAGAGAAAGCAUUGGAGAGAGACUACUUGUUGACAGUAGCGACAUCAACGUCUUUCUUUUAGUUUUUUAAAACACAGCCGAGAAACUACAAUGAAACCUCAGGACAUUUUAAAGGAAAAAAGCAGCAUGUGGAUAUUUGGUUAUGGCUCUUUAGUGUGGAAACCUGAUUUUGCAUACAAGAAGAGCAUAAUCGGCCACAUUAGAGGAUACAAAAGACGCUUCUGGCAUGGAGAUGAUUUUUACAGAGGAGACAAGGAAAAGCCAGGCAGAGUGGUGACACUGGUGGAGGAUCAGGAGGCUUGCACAUGGGGAGUAGCCUAUGAAGUGACUGACUCCCAAAUUGAGAAGUCUCUACAAUACCUGAACAUGAGAGAGGUUGUGUUGGGGGGUUACAUAACAGAGAUGGUGGAGUUCAUUCCUCAAGAGAAGGGUCAGGAUACUGUACUCGCCCUUGUCUACAUCGCUACCUCUGACAACCCCAUUUACCUUGGCCCAGCAUCAGACACGGAGAUUGCCACCCAAAUUGCCAUCUGCAGGGGCAAUACGGGCCACAACAUUGAAUACCUGGUCCGCCUGGCAGAGUUCAUGAGGCUUUACUGCCCUGAGGUAGAAGAUGAUCACCUCUUCUCUAUCGAGGCGGCUCUUUUGAACAUUUUCAGUGACUGUGGAGGGAUCAAUGUGCUAGACCAAAAUGCCCUCCUGCUGAGAACUUUAUGAAAGACUUAAUAAGGCAGUCCGCAUCAUAAAACUGUUACUGUUUUUGUGCUGAAAGGAAGGAAAAUGAAGUGUUGCCAUACAUGUGUUGGGGGAACU